AUGUCAAGCCGCCAAGCACCACCACCUUCUUGGGAUAGUCCUCCAAAACUAUCUUCCUUGAAGACCAAAUACGCUGUCCUACUUCAUCACUACUAUUCAUCUCACCAAACAAGCUCUCCUACUUCAUCACUGCCCAAGGCCGCCCAAGAGAACCACCAGACCACACUCAAGGUCACAAUGAGACAAGCACCAAAAGACUUUGUCUCAGGCCGUGCCCUUACCCCAUCUCUAACUAAGAUAUCCUAUCAGUCAAGCUAA